AUGAAUUGGAAGUUGAUUUUAAUACUUGGGCUAAUGGAGACAAACUAUUUCCGCUAAGAGACCAUUAUAUUUAUAUUGAAAUAAGAAAUAAUGAUGUCUUUCGGGGUCCACCUAACAAAACAACAAAUGCCAAACAUCCUGGUCCAAGCGAGGAACUACAUAAACGAAAUCUUACAGCAGAAAUAAAUGUAACAAUCAGAGCUGGUGAUGGUAUUUUUCAUGAAUUUUAUAAAAGAAGAAAGACAUGUUCGGCUGGUUUUUUUGUACGUUCCAACAAAAGAAUUAAAAGUAAAAAAUUGGGUAAUUACAAAACUUAUGUCAUAACCGAAAGAAAUUAUUGCUUUGAAGGAGAUGCCACUACCAAAGGAAAAACAUUUUUACAUCUGCCAUGGAAUUCGAAUCUUCCUACGUAUAAAACGAAAUCUGUGGGUACCAUGGAACUCCCGAAUUUUGCGAAUCCAUACAAUUUUGCUGAAAUCCAGAUGACAAGUCAGUCCAAAAUUAAAAGGUUACCAACUAUAAGAGAUCAACUUUAUCAAGAGCUACGUAUACAUGAUACUAAAAAAGAAAGUGAAACUAUCCCUGGAGGUCACAUAUGCCAUUCAGGGUUUGGUACACAUGUUACCUGUGGAUAUAUAAUAGCUUUUAAUGGAUUUUAUUGGGAUGAAAAUAAAAGAAUAUCUGAACGUUUGAUAAUUACAGAUAUGCAAACCGAUAAAGAAGAUUUAGGUGGUCCUGUAUUUAUGUAUACUACAGAGG